AAUGCUCCCACCUUCAGGUUUAGUCCGUUGCUGGAGUGCGAGAGUGAAACAACUUUGUCUUUUUCGUCCGUGAAGUUUUUAAUUAAUCACAACCAAAAUGAGGGAAAUUGUGCAUCUGCAGGCAGGCCAGUGUGGAAACCAAAUUGGAGCGAAGUUCUGGGAGGUGAUAAGCGACGAACAUGGCAUCGACCCGUCCGGAACAUACCAUGGGGACAGCGACCUGCAACUGGAGAGAAUCAACGUGUAUUACAACGAGGCGUCAGGUGGCAAGUAUGUCCCCCGUGCAGUGCUGGUGGACUUGGAGCCAGGCACAAUGGACUCUGUGAGGUCUGGUCCCUUUGGCCAAAUCUUUAGACCAGACAACUUUGUCUUUGGCCAGAGUGGAGCAGGUAAUAACUGGGCUAAGGGCCACUACACUGAGGGAGCCGAGCUGGUGGACUCGGUCCUGGAUGUGGUGAGAAAAGAGGCCGAGAGCUGCGACUGUCUCCAGGGCUUCCAGCUCACACACUCCCUGGGAGGAGGCACCGGCUCCGGCAUGGGCACGCUGCUCAUCAGCAAAAUCCGAGAGGAGUAUCCAGACCGCAUCAUGAACACUUUCAGCGUGGUGCCAUCCCCCAAGGUGUCAGACACGGUGGUGGAGCCAUACAAUGCCACGCUGUCCGUCCACCAGCUGGUCGAGAACACAGAUGAGACCUACUGCAUUGAUAAUGAGGCCCUGUAUGACAUCUGCUUCCGCACGCUGAAACUCACCACGCCCACCUACGGAGACCUCAACCACCUCGUCUCAGCCACCAUGAGCGGGGUGACCACCUGUCUGCGUUUCCCCGGCCAGCUCAACGCUGAUUUGAGGAAACUGGCCGUCAACAUGGUGCCCUUCCCCCGGCUGCACUUUUUCAUGCCGGGCUUUGCGCCUCUGACCAGCCGCGGCAGCCAGCAGUACAGGGCGUUGACGGUUCCCGAGCUCACCCAGCAGAUGUUCGAUGCCAAGAACAUGAUGGCAGCCUGCGACCCACGCCACGGCCGCUACCUCACGGUGGCCGCCAUCUUCCGAGGACGCAUGUCCAUGAAGGAAGUGGACGAGCAGAUGCUGAACGUGCAGAACAAGAACAGCAGCUACUUUGUGGAGUGGAUCCCAAACAACGUCAAGACAGCCGUCUGCGACAUUCCUCCCCGUGGCCUCAAAAUGGCCGCCACCUUCAUCGGCAACAGCACCGCCAUCCAGGAGCUGUUCAAACGCAUCUCAGAGCAGUUCACCGCCAUGUUCCGCCGCAAGGCCUUCCUCCACUGGUACACGGGCGAGGGCAUGGACGAGAUGGAGUUUACAGAGGCUGAGAGCAACAUGAACGACCUGGUGUCCGAGUACCAGCAGUACCAGGAGGCCACUGCUGAGGAAGAGGGCGAGUUUGAGGAGGAGGGCGAGGAGGACAUGGCCUAGACAGGGACCACGACCUUCAUCCUACUAUGCAACAGCUACGGCUCAGUCAAUAUGGUUCAACUCAUUGUAGAGUUAUUGGCAAUAAAAUCAUUCGUUUGACCAACUUCUUUCCGUUUUCAAGAACUCUAUAGAAAGUUCAGUGCAAAGGAUUUCCCCAGACUUGUUUCUAAAUGUUGUCUGUCCUGUUUUGACACGCCCUUUUUUUGCUGUCCUCUUCCUUCCUACAGGAAUGUUUUUAUCCUGUCUUCUCUGUUCGGAGGAUAUCACUGAAACAUCACUCCCCCCUGAGUGACGUUCAGUCACACAGAAAAACCAAAAACAUGAGAACGUAUUGUUAAAAUUUAAGGAGCUUCUUAGCUGACUGCACAGUCAGCACAUUACCAUCAUUUCUCAUAUUUCAAAUAUGACCCAUUGUAUUUACAUUCAGCACCUCCUGACUGUUUGUCUGCUCAGUGUUGGGGUUUUGAAGUUAAAUGAUGGCCCUCCUCUGUUCUUUGUCUUUUUCCAUCUGCAGGUUUUAAAUGUUUUGUUUUUUUUGUUGAAAGAGAAUGUAACACUGACCAGUUCACUCAAUGCUGAAUUUGAAGUUUACUCUGUGUAAUAGGAGGCAGAAUGAAAUCAUUACAUUUAGGAAAAGAAAAAAAACACCUCACACUCAAAGACUUGAAAGCUCUGAAUUGUACCAGGAACUGGUCACUGCUGCACUGUUCUCAGUGUGCUUCUACUGGAAUGUAACUGACAAUGAAAGUUAAAGAGUUAAAUAAAAAUUUUAUGAUUUGGUGCUA